AUAAAAAUGGCGGAAGUUUAAAAUGGAACUUCUCUAUUUACUUGAAGUUUAGAUCACUCUUUCAUCACGAUGGCUGGUGAUAUACUAGACAGAUUCAAUCCUAAGAUUGCUAAUUUAGUCAAGCUUCUUUUCACUGCAGAAGAUAUUUCUCUUCACGGUGAAAAACUCCACAUCAGAGAACAAAAAACUGGGAGCAGCUAUCCACCAUCUACAGCAAGAAAUCUUGAUCGGUUUAAAAUUCUUAUACCAUUUGCUGGACACACUUUAAAAUGGGAAGUCAUAUUCAGUGAGCCUGACUUGCCACCAGAUUUUAUAUUUGGAAACCAUGAUUUAGAUUUUGUGCCAAAUAUACAAGAGAUCCAGUCUCUAAUCCACUGGGAUAGCAAUGAUCAAGGAAGUCUUGUAUCAGUCAUCAAAGAACUGAUCCAACAAUACAAGGACUACCAGACAGACCUGGUCAAACAGAUACCACGUAUGCAGUUUGACUGUGACUUUCUUGUUGGUAAUGAAGACUAUAAUGAGUAUGAGAUACACCUAUCUAAAGGAUCUCACCAGACAUAUGACACCUCUACCAACGUAAAUAUUCUUAUUAAAAUACCAGUGAAUAUAGAAUCAAUUCCACCUUAUCUAAUAAAGGACAAUCCAGGGGAAGAUAUAGCAUGUCUUCUUGUGACGUACAACUCCCCAGAAGAAAGCUGCCAUGUAACUCCUAAGCUGUUCUUAUCUCCUAGACUAGAAAGAGCUCUUGGUGGUUCCUCGUCCUUACAUAUUCCUCAAUGGGGCGGACAGAAUGGUUCUUGCCUAAUGGAUUAUCUACCAGUAAUCAAUCAAUUAUUAAAACAAAAAGUUUAUCAAGUUGGUUCUGGAUAUAACAAGAGAAAAGAAUGUGUAUCUGCAUUCCUUAGUGUUUUUGGAGGAUCUAUACUAGAGUAUGAUGCAGAAACAUACCACAAUUUAUCACUUUUACUGAAAGUACAAGGUUUCUUUUGCAUUGUACACAUAACUUUGUCAAUUGGAUUCCCACUGGAUAAACCAGUGUUUGUUUUCAAGUCUAUUUACCAUGAGAGCAACGGUGUUCCAUAUUCAACAUCCUAUAAAGACUAUCCAUAUUCUCCUCGAUGGCCAGCUGAUCAGAUGGUAGAUGCCGUAAGGUCUUUCCUACUCGAAAAAAUUCCUGAAUUCAAAGAAUCUUCCUUAUCCAAUGGAAAGUUUUAAACAACAACAUGGAUUAAGUAAACUCAACAAAAGUGCAGCAAUCAGAACUUUACAUUUCCAUCAAUUUUGUCAAACCUAAUAUGCUGCUCAAACCAGAGGUUUAUAUGGAAACUCACCCCGCAUUAAAAUUAAUAUACUGAUUAUCUGGGAAGACUUGAUAGCCUAUAUUAUAGUGCACACUGAUGUAUGAAGUGAUGUCAUGGUAUUAUUCAUAAAAUUGAUGAACAUU